GGGCAUCUGCCGGCUCCAGAGAGCAAGAGUCCUGCCACUUUUUGCUAUAUGUGUGGCGCUCCUGGCAUUACUAUGUUUGGGGUGAAUUCCACGGGGCAUGUUCUCUUCUGACUUUUCUUCCAAGGUGGCCCCUCCUGAAGGUACAGGAAGGAAACCAGCCACAAAAGAAGGAUCCCCAUCGCCCUAAUAUGUAUUAAACUCCUCUCACAGCCUAAGAAAGGACGGGUGUCUGUUUUACACAGAACACCCAGACGCAGAGGGUUUAAGUAAUUAGUCCACUGUUACAUAGCCAGUAAGGGCAGCAUUUCCAGCCCACCCUCGUGUGACUCCCGAGCUCAUGCCAUCCCAGGCCUACGUGCUGGCCAGGCUUUGGCCCUAGGGAUCCCAGCCCACAAUGAAUCUUGGACUCAGAGUUGUAGAGCUGAAAGGGACAAUGACAAAGCUGAAGCCAUCCCACUUGGCCAAAAGACUGGAAUCUGUCACUGCCUGGAAAUAAGCCUCUCCUCCUGCUGCCCAUGGGUAGUGGGUGAGGAGACUUUUACCAUGUCACCCAGCAGUUAAGGACCUGGCUCACAUCAGACCUGGCUUCAGAACCCAUUUCUGCCACUUGCUAGUUGAGUGACAUUGAGCAAGUCGCUUCCUAUCUCCAACUUCAGUUUCCUCCUUUGUGACAGGGAAACAAUGCUCCCUGCUCCUAAGGCAGCAAUGAGGAUUGGACACAAGGUGUUAUUUUCUGUAGCAGGUUCAGCUUGGUGCCUGCUCUGCAGUCGGAGGCCCAGGCAGGCUCUGCUGAGGCCCAGAGCUGAGAAUGAAGCGGAGAGCAUCAGACAGAGGAGCUGGGGAAACGUCGGCCAGGGCGAAGGCUCUAGGAAGUGGGAUUUCCGGAAAUAAUGCAAAGAGAGCUGGACCGUUCAUCCUUGGUCCCCGUCUGGGCAACUCACCGGUGCCAAGCAUUGUGCAGUGUUUGGCGAGGAAAGACGGCACGGAUGACUUCUAUCAGCUGAAGAUCCUUACCCUUGAGGAGAGGGGGGACCAAGGAAUAGAAAGCCAAGAGGAAAGGCAAGGCAAGAUGCUGUUACACACCGAGUACUCUCUGCUUUCCCUCCUCCACACGCAGGAUGGCGUGGUUCACCACCAUGGGCUCUUCCAGGACCGCACGUGUGAAAUUGUUGAGGAUACAGAAUCCAGCCGAAUGGUUAAGAAGAUGAAAAAGCGAAUCUGCCUUGUCCUAGACUGCUUGUGUGCGCACGACUUCAGCGACAAGACUGCUGACCUGAUCAACCUGCAGCACUACGUCAUCAAGGAGAAGAGGCUCAGUGAGCGGGAGACCGUGGUCAUCUUUUAUGACGUGGUGCGCGUGGUGGAAGCCCUGCACCAGAAAAACAUUGUGCACAGAGACCUGAAGCUUGGGAACAUGGUGCUCAACAAGAGGACGCAUCGGAUAACCAUCACCAACUUCUGCCUCGGGAAGCAUCUCGUGAGUGAGGGGGACCUGCUGAAGGACCAGAGGGGGAGCCCCGCCUAUAUCAGUCCAGAUGUGCUCAGCGGCCGGCCGUACCGGGGCAAGCCGAGCGACAUGUGGGCCCUGGGUGUGGUGCUGUUCACCAUGUUGUACGGCCAGUUCCCCUUCUACGACAGCAUACCGCAGGAGCUCUUCCGCAAGAUCAAGGCCGCCGAAUACACCAUCCCUGAGGAUGGGCGGGUUUCCGAGAACACCGUGUGUCUCAUCCGGAAACUGUUAGUCCUCGACCCCCAGCAGCGCCUCGCUGCCACCGACGUCCUGGAGGCCCUCAGUGCCAUCAUUGCAUCAUGGCAGUCUCUGUCAUCCCUGAGUGGCCCUUUGCAAGUGGUUCCUGACAUCGACGACCAAAUGAGCAGUGCAGACAGCUCCCAAGAGGCCAAGGUGACAGAGGAGUGCUCCCAGUACGAGUUUGAGAACUACAUGCGGCAGCAGCUGCUGCUGGCCGAGGAGAAGAGCUCCAUCCACGAGGCCCGGAGCUGGGUGCCCAAGCGGCAGUUCGGCAGCGUGCCGCCAGUGCGACGGCUUGGCCACGACGCGCAGCCCAUGAACCCCUUGGACGCAGCCAUCCUGGCACAGCGCUACCUGCGGAAGUAGCCUCAGGCAGGGGCACCACCCGCCACCUCUUCCAGCCCCCAGUCAGUGUCCUGGCUGUCGGGUCUGUAGUGCUGAACUCUCUCCCAGGCUGCAGCAAGGACAGGCAGGCCAGCCCAGGUCACACAUGGGGUCAGCAGAGGUACCACGAAGCUACCUUUUGGAAUGAUUGCUUGAUUGUUUGGUUUUUAAUCUGAGAAUCCUAGAUAACUAAUCUGCUUUUAAUCAUGACGUUUUAAUCUACCUCUGUCUCUUUAACCAUGCUGUCUCUGGACUGAGUGAGAGGGAGGAGGAGGGAGCCCGCCUGCCCACCCAGGGGCCUGGUCAGCCACCCUGCCCACCUGACCCACCCGGGGCAGCUGCGCCCUACAGUCCAAAUAAGCUGAAAGUGCAGCUCAGUGCUGGCUCCCAAAUGAUACCCACCCCACUGCUCUCCCAGGCCUCUCCCACAGUCUGUUUUCGUCCCUAGGCCCCUCAGUCCAAGCUUUGGGAAACCUUCACCUCAUCUUAAGCGGAAUUCAAAUAUAUUUAUUUUUGUACUGAAAUCACCUCCUUUCCCGUCUCUAGGUGGCUCAGCCUAUGGGUACUCCCUGCCCCCAGCCUGUCUGGAAGCAGGGUGUUCACGGCCCACAGAUGGCCCCUUCUCUCCCCCAGGCUCAGAGAAGCCCUUUCUUGCCGGCCCCUCCACCUCCAGCCACCAGUCCCUCUUUGUUUCUGGUGAUGGGGAGACCUUUCUAGACCUGGUUCUUUUCUCCAUCUCAGUAGCUUCUCUGAGGUGCUGUUCACUUGCAUUAACCCUGACCUCCCUCCCCACCCUUCACCGUGGUACCGUGGUAACGCUGACAGAGACGUGGGGGGUACCUGGUGGUGGGGCUGCCCGAGAACAGGUGGCCCAGUUUGCACACCCUCCCCACAAGAGAACACCCGACUCUGUUCAAAGAAGGUGGGGGCAUUGCCCCUGCCUCAUAAAAGAUAUGGUGUCUCCCAGUGGACCCUGGGGGUGGGAGCUUUUGGGGAGCGGGAGGGGGCCCUGCCUGGUUUGAGAACAGCCCUGCUGCCCUUUUUGAGCCGAGAUUUUGAAGUGGAUGCCCGUCUUGCCAGAAAUGCUGUUCUCACCAGAACGCCCUCCGCUCCCACUCCCCCUCACUGGACUUGACCCUGCCCCCCGACCUCGGAGAGGCCAGGUGUACCCCUCCAGGAAGCCCUGGGUCCUCAGACCCUGCCUGCCUGUCCUUGCUCCCCAGUGGGGGGUGACCAAGGCCUCCAGGACCUUGUUUCCCAGAGUGUGAGCUGUCCCCUCCCCAAAAGCUGACUCACUGUGAGUGACUUGGGCAAGUUCCCAAACCUCCUUGUGCCUCAGUUUCCCCAUCUGGAAAAAAUGGGGCCACCUCUUGCCAGCAGUAGCAGGGCCACCCACGCCCCUUCAUCCCCAUGCCCCCAUCCCAGCACUUGGGCGUCUCGUGCCUCUGCCUCAGUGGGCCUGUGGGAGCCCACUUGAGCCCAGCCCAGCACUUAUACCCCUGAGCUCCCGGAUCUGCCUCCAUCAGCAGUACAGCCGCUGAGAGCCAGGGUCUCGUGCUGUGGGGGUAGGGGAUGCCCUCUUUUCUAUUUAUUUCAAAAAGAAGUCUCCUAAGGGAGUAGAAGUGCAGUCUGGCCUAGGGCUCCUGGCUCCUGUGACUGUCCUGUCAGGGGCCAGGCCGAGCCCCUUGUGCCAGCAGCCUGCCCAGACCCUCCGGGCCUGCUUGCCACGUGUGGUCUUUUUCCUCCUUUUCAAAGCAAUAUCCUCUGGUUCUGCAAAGCCCUAUCAGACAGACUGGUCCCUCCCAAGGUCAAUCCAUGUGUCUGAUUACAUUUCUGGCAAAGCAAAUGAGAGGAGUUUGAGUUUGGGUCUGCCCUCACUGGGUGUCACACGCUGAGAGAAGUCCUAUUGUAAAGAAAACAAACGGAAAAAGUCACAAAAAAGUUUGUAUAAAGACAUAUUUUUGUACUACAUGGGGACUCUUCCUGCAUGUUAGCAAUAAAACUUCCUGAUCUGGAGCCACGGUGGCCUGU